AUGUGCAGCCCGCGAAGCUGUCCCAUGGAUGAAGAGAUCCUUGAGUUCCGCUUGACAGAGCGGGCCACCUUCUUGGAAUUCCUGCCCGAAAGGCACGACUUGGCGAGGUGCAUCAGUGCCCCCGAGCUGCUGGGCGGUGGUUUCUGCCGCGCUGACGAGAAAGCUUCAAGUUUGAAGGAUACCAUGGACGCGACUGGUUGCUUCGAGCGUUUAACUACCUGCAGCACUGCAGUGGAUGCACGCGAAGCCCUCCACGGCGACAAUGAUGUUUCGGGCGAGGUGGAAGCGAUGCCAGAUUCUCCCAGUGCUUCCGACCUGUGCGACGUCUAUUCCAUGCAAUCGUCCCAGGGUUCGGCACUCCAUUCACAGGGCCUUUGCAAGCCUUGCACUUGGUUUUGGCGGCCAGGGAGCUGUACCCGCGGAAUGGAUUGCAACCAUUGCCACUUGUGCCCCCCCGGCUCCUUGAGGGAAAUGACGCGGCAGCAUCGCAAACUCGGCGCGAAAGGAUCACAGGCACGCCAGAAACGUGGGACUACCAGCGCAGGCUAG